AAUAGGAGUUUUAAGGUAAAAAGGAAGGGAAUUCGCUUGUUUCUUCCGUUUUAGCCAAACAUUUUGACAGUGUAGCCAACAAUAUCUUCUACUACUAACAAGAAGAUUCUAGUAAAUAGUCCUUAGGGUUGUCCGAUGCCUUUUGGGAGUAGGAACAGUAAUGACAGAACUUUUUUGUGAGGUCAUCUACAUAUUACAAAACAGCUUCUAUUAUUGAUCUUUUCAAGAAACCAGUUGUCCAGGAAUGGCAAACAGAUGUUUUUAAAAAAAAUUCGAGCAUUCCCAAAGCGUCUUCCUUGUAAAUAAUUCAUAUUUUUGCUUUUGCCCAGUCUAAGCCAACUCUUCACAUCUGCCUAUGAAAUGACGCUGUACCUGCACAUCAUUCAUGAUAUUUUGUAAAAGGAUUUACCAAAAGGCUCUUUUUUUUUAUAUUUCACGCCUAGUAGACUGUAUUCACAGGGAUACGCGGCAAACGUGACAACAAACAGAAACAUAGCCCCUACACCUUCUGCCGUUAUUGUUUAACCUUUCCCGUCGUUAACAUCUCCGUAGUGCUUAGUGUUGCCCAAUGAAAGCCUCCAUAAAUGAUGAUGUAUAAUAGAUAGAAUUAUCGUUGGAACGUCAUCUUGGCCCAUAUUGUUACGGGAUGCUACACCAGUUAUUGCGCCGACCCUGUUGUGUCUUUACCUCCAUUGACCGAGAGAUAACUAAUGAGUUAUCAACAGCGAUUUCUACAGGUCGUUCAUUUAGAGCUUUAUAAUAACGCCACCGCUAUUAUCUAAUACAAUUUUAAAAAAAAAUAAAAACGUUUGGUGCGCAUGAAUUAACUAUAAGACCAGAAAAGCAACGGAAGAUUUAUCUUAGGUAAUGCAAUCGCCUAUUCAAAUUAAGUUUGCAUCUGUCCACUACUAUUAACCUUAUUACUAAUAUUUACUCGAGGCCGUGAUGUAUGUGCGUGGUUUAUCUGUGUUCAAAUAUACUACAAAGGAAUUUAAUAAAGCACAGGGUUGUAUUCUACCUAGGUGCUUGGCUAUUAGAAAAUUGUUUCUUCUAGCGAACACAGAUUAAAAUUAGACCCAUAAAUUAAGUAGAUUAUGGGCGUGACCCACCUCGUCGUGGCAUUGGACGCUAUAGAUUUAUGCAACUUCAUGUAUCGCAGCUGGAUUAAGCAUCAAAAUCACUAGCCAUAAAAAGGUCGUUUUCAUACGACUAACAAUGUGGUGUUUACUCCCUCUGCAGGUAGAUCUUAUAAUACAUUGGAAACAGAAGUACUUGGAUGUUCCCCAAGGCCAUGCAAUCACACGAUUAACCUUUAGACUUUCAGAUAGCUAUAAUGCACGUUUAACGCAAUCGAGCACAUAUAAAUCCCUACGAAUACUGCCUAUAUCGAGGCAAUAGACUAUAACUGCGCAUUAGCUAUCUGUAUGUAUAGAUGUUUCGGCUGCGAAGUCCAUUGUGCGGAUGAAAUCCAUUUGCUCAAGCCUCGCUAGCGUUUACGUUACAAUCAGUAUUUGUCGGUCAAAGCAUAGACUACCAACUCGUCGAUGCUCAUAGACAAUCUAUGUAUACGAACAUUCAUUGAUGAUUCGUUGAAAUUUUUCACCAAUGGAGAUGUGAAGAAGAGAUUUGUGUUUUGCCUAUAGUCUGAAUUGUAUUCAUCUAUCGGCCUUUGCGCCGUUGCCCUUACGCUGAAACUUCCACGUUUGAACUACCAGCGUUUGCCCGGAUGUGCGUACGUGUUGUUUGUUCGCUUAUACGGGUCUCAUUCACGGCUUCUACUAAACCCGUUGAUUUAGACUAUCCACCAGCAAGCUUCUUCAUUUAACGACUUAACACUCAGCGCUAGCGAAUCAACUUUGCUAGCAACUGUCGAAAAUCUCCGGAUGGUGCGGGAUGCUCAGCCUGACAUUAAUAGCAACAAGGUGUAUGUGUGUUGUCUGCGUGUUUGUAUACAAUGACAGCUCACUAUAUUAUUUUAUUUUACUAUAACACUAUUGUUCCAAGAGUCAUUCAGAAAACGCUUCUGAACAGGAGAACCAUAAAAAAGUGAUUUCGGCAGCAGCCAUCAUCUUGGUUGUCUUUGUGAUCGAUGACGUUCCCGCACAGCCAGUGUUGUCAAACUUAUCUGAAGACUCAUCUAUGACGGCUUGAAGACCGUUAGAACCCAAUAGCAUGCUUAUGGUACGCCCACCGCGCAAACGCGCUCCCACCCAGUGGCCCCCCACAUGCAGAGAUAAAUACAAAACGUCUAAAUGCACCGUUCUACAUUGGUUGUCUAGGGUGUGGAGCGCGUAUAGGUUAUAUUCGAUAGUAGGUAAGCGUCAAUUAUAUAGGCUGCUCAGUGGCCCGGUGCUCCGACCUCGACAUGACUCUGCGGGAGAACGAGCAGAAGGAGCGUGCACGACCGAAGUCAUUCACAUUUACAGCAUGAACCGUCGCGGUAGACAUCGCCACCGCGGUCGCUCACCAUUUACUUCGAACGAAUGAAUUGCCUUCAGCUGAUCGUGUUGUCUGGGUGGCCGAAUAGGCCCCUAACUGAUUCGCUAACUAACUGAUUGAUUGACAGCUUAAAUGGCUAGCUGAGCAUGCUUGUACGCGCCUAUGGCCAGGAGGUGGUUCUGCGUCGGACACGCAACGUGACCCAAACACGAAGACCAACCAUCAUUGUGCGACAUUACCGCACUGGCGCACUUAAGAUCAGAGAUAAAUAGGCGAAAGCAAGAAAUACACAGGAACUGUCUCCCGGUAGAAUGGUCUGCUGGUCCGGGCGGUGGUAAGAGGCAAUGUUGUAGGAUUACAAGUGCACUUGUAACCACAAAAGGAAACCAAACGUCCAAAGGAAACAAAGUGCAAAAGAUUGCCCACGGAGAAAAGCGAUUUAUAUAUAAACGACAUGAACGGAGUCGAUCCGAACUAACCCAACACAAUAAAAAAUGACAUCUAAAUUAGAGGGGUUAGUGAACAAAGAAAGAAUCAGUUGUCCAGAACAGAAUGAAAGCAGGAGAAAAAACUCAGAAGUUACGAACUGUCUUUCUGAAAUUGAACGGUACUAUGACAUGAUAUUAAUGAAUUUAUUUUCAAGGACAGAUCCGCAAGCAGAUUAACGUCGAUGGAUCGACAAAGAAACAGCAUUUCCAAAUUAAGGAGUAGGGCGCUUUGUUCUGUUGCCUCGUCCUGUGGGAUAAGCUAGACACAACCCUGUGAGCCAGGUGGGCGUCCUGGAGAUUCCAUCUGGCAUCUAAUUAGCUUACCUACUACGACUAUUCUGACUCAAAAGGUCUGCCGUUUUCCGCAGCAUCUAUGCGGAACCCUUGUUAGCUGCCGCUAUUAGAUUACGAGAUGUUUUUUUAGCCGUCCCGAGUGUUAUAUUACCUCGUAGUAAUUGUAGUGCCACCGAGCGGGCGGAAUAGCAAAUCGGACGGUUAUGAGCGCUGGAGAUAAGUCUGAACCUAUAAGACGUACAAUGAGUAGACAUUAAACUGGUUGACAGAAAUAAACUUGAGUUUCAGAGAGAAAUAGCUGUGAGAAAAUUUUUGUUCUCUUUGAUAAUGAUGUCAUAUUGUUAAUAUUAAGUUUCAGUUGGGAACACAGUCACACUGUGAUGAGACUAAGAGAAAAAGAGAAUUUCUAAAAAUUUCCAAACUCACUACGGGUACAUUAAUUUCUCGGCAAAUUUUACCUAACCGUUCCGGGUUAUUGCUUGCCAAUUGUUUUUGAGACAAGUGCUGUGUUGACGAGUUCUUGUGUUUAGAAACGUACGUCCCUUAAUUAUAUGUAAUGCUAUAAUCGACACCUGGUAAUUCCGUCGAUUUGGUUAGCCCAAAAGCGUUAUUCUCUAGACUCCACCCCCUGCUGUUGGCAAACAACAGGGUAGGAAAGGGUUGAUUGAGCGUCUUUCCGUCGCGGCUCAGCUGGGCGCGGGCGCGCCCGGUUCUACAAAGGUGGCAGCAUCAGUUAUGUUUAAAAUAUAACACAGUUGGUUAUAAUGUAAAUACAGCUAACUUCCUUCGAAUGGCAUCGUUCCAUUCGGCAGCGAGAGCAGAAACAAAUAGUCCAUGGAUGAGACAGGAUGGCGUAUACUUGCCCAUUCUGUGUUAAAGUGCAAUUUUAUUGUCGAUGCCGCUGUUGCACUCGGUGCUGUCUCACUUUUAACUACUGGAAGCGAAGGUUAUGUUAUGCAGAUCAAGACUUUUGUCUUACUGGCCUCAGUAGCCCCAUUAGUACGCCAUUUUUCAUCUCGAAUUAGUGUGAGGCGGAUUCGUCGUGUAUGAAUAUUGAGCCUGGUUGAAAAAGAAGCCGUUUUCCCUUGGUCGCUCGGCUGAUGACACACCGCCAACGCUAGCAGUCCGUCUCUCAUUAGAUUUGUUCAUCCCGGAUGAUGAUUUUCUUCAAUCUCAACUUUAUUCAAUACGCUUUUGUGCGUGAAAACGUGCGUUUUGACGCCAAACUCUACUGAGAACCGCUUCAGUGGCAGCAGCCGAUCUUCUUUUCCGAAAGGAGAGUUUCUACAACCUCAGAAGAAACCUCAGAGAGGUUACCAUCCAUAGAAUAAGGCGGUUUGACCAUUUGCUGACGCAGCCCGAGCUAGGCCCCGGCUUAACUACAAUGCCAAUAGAGAAGAAGGCACAGGGAUCGAUGCAAUCCUGCGACUUCACCGCAUUUACGGUGUUUCCGUGAUCUGCGCCGGUGAGACGUGUGGACCUGCUCUUUAGCGACUGCGGCAACCGAGGACACUUCGCCUGUUUUACUGAUGAACAAAAAUUGAGGAACAAGCGCUGCAAAAACAGCGGCGGCAUUGAAGACGCGCACGAUGGCUUACGUUAAUUUAUUCAUGCUGAAGCGUAUGGGCUUUCGUAUAAAACAUCGGCUACGUAAAUGGUGCUCAAUAAUAGUCGUGAUAAUGAUAACAAGUACUGUGCUCUGUCGUUUAUGACUGGUAAUCUGUAACUUGUGCGACAUCGUGAGUAGCAAACGAAGAAAAUGAACAUGCAGAACCUACCGUUCGACGAAGUGAUCCACCAGCUGUCGUCAAUAAAGUGGCGGCAUCUGCGAAAGCGGUCGACGCAACUUGUCAAGUAUCUGCGCCGACAUCAACGACUGUCCCGUAAGGAAACAAGAAUGCGGAUAUUUUUAAGUUUAGCUGUUGCAGAUACUGGGGGUUCGAUAUGGCCAUCACAGCAGAACUACGUUCGGGCAGUUCUUUCCUACCUCGGGAGCGUUUCAUCCUCUUCAUCCGAGCAGAAUUGGGCCCAGGCACUACUUGGACAAGCUAUCGCCCAACUGAGAGACCAACAAAGAGUCCUUGUAGCUAUGCAGGUAACCAGUGAUGCACUAGUAUUGAGUAACCACAGGGGAACAGCGGUGGCCCGCUUUACACAGGAUCGUAUUGUGUUCUAUGGCAUGGAUGAAACCAGCCCUUCGUAUUUCGGCGUGGUAACACGACAAAGCCCACAGCAACUGUCGGCGCAUGUGUUCGUGGCCGAUUCUAGACUAGUCCCGCACGCAAGUCACGGUAGACGGGCUCGCACGUUUAAAAUUGCUUGCCAACGAGAUCCGCGGACGAACACCUGCAAGGAAUUCCCGUCGACUGCUCACCCGAUUCUGAUGGCCUUGGCAAAAAUUAGGGCUUGCUCCGCGUCGUCAGCGACCGCCAUCCGGACGGGUACACGACAUAUCUACGACUCAGAUUCCGGUCGGGACGAUUCUCUUGAGCGCUCGGUUAAUAGCGGCCAGCUUGGGAGCAUUAGUGGACUGGCGAAACAAAAUUUGCUCGAAGACUCACUUGAAGACGUAUCAGCCAAAUUGAGAGAUCUUAUACUGCUAGAAAAAUCACCGAGUAAAACAAGUGAGAGUCAGGUAUCAUUGGAUUCUCUUGACGUUGUUCAUCACUACAAACAUAGUCCGAGAGUGUACUCGCUGCGGAAACAACAUUCGCUAGAUGCUUUGGAUACGCCCAAAUACAACGAUGGGCAGUCUCGGACUGCACGUCACAAUGGUUCAGAGCUUUACAGGAGACAAAGCGGCAGCUUGAAUGAUCAAAGCCUGCCGCCGGUAGCUUCGUGGAGUGAAUCCUUAGAUGCUGUCCUCAAUCAUGAAGAUGGUAUUCUUAUAUUCGCAAAAUUUCUAAAAAAGGAAUUCGCCCAAGAAAACAUUUUUUUCUGGACCGCAUGCGAAAAGUACCGUAACGAAAAAAGCGUGAAUCAGCGUAAAGCUUUAGCGAGGGAGAUCUUCGACAAGCAUCUUAAGGAAGAUUGCGCUGAACCGCUAAAUAUUGACGGCCCGACGUUGCGCGACAUUGUUUCACAACUGGAAAUGGGCCUCGCGCCAAAAGACCUAUUUACCGUCGCCCAAGAACAUAUUUACAACCUUAUGAGAAUGGACUGUUACCCGAGAUUUCUUAAAUCUGAUCUUUACCAGCAGUGUCUCAUCAAAGAGGUAAACGGCGAACGGUUAAUCUCACCAGUAAAAGCAGAAUCGGUAGAUAAAGUUGCCGAUCUAGCUGAUAAGAAAAACAACCCCGGAUUUUCAUCUCAUCCAGAUCUAAACGGCAAUCACCGACCUGGAAAUAUGUCAAAUUCGUCCGCUUCAUCCGUAUCGACGAGUGGUGGCAGUAUAGCCAAAGCUCGAAGGUCCUUGUUUCCUAAUGUAAAAAAACUAGGUAAGAAGAAAAAAGAUGAGGAAAAGAGGGAUGCAAUGUAUGCCACGUCUUCGUUGGCUGACGACAAAUACAUAUAUAUAAUCAUCCCAUCGGGCGAAACGAGAAAAAUUCCUGUUACAGGAACGGAAUUGCUGCCUCAAAUAAUCUCGGAUAUACUGCAAAAGAACGCCACAUCAGGAGCGUCCCUUGUAGACGUAUUCGUUGCACAGAAUCAACAGCCGGUCGAUCUGGGGACACCAGUAUCACAAUUAUUACAGGAAACCAUUACGAUUGAACCUCGCGUAGCCUUUUUACUGGCUUUACCAUGUGGUAUAAUCCUUGGUUUAAAAUGCGCGCCGACAUCAACUCUAUGGGGUGUCAUUCAAGGAGUUUGUCUACGAUACGGUCUCGAUGCCGGGCAGAUGGCGUGUCGACUCUACAACACGACAAAACUGCUUGAUCCGAUGACACAGUGUAGCCAACUAGAUGGAGCUAGAUUAGUGUUAACAUUGAAAAAUCAGAGGCCCGAGUGGCACCUUGCAGGUCAAAUUGGUGCCGGCCAGGCUAGUCCAUGGUACGCAAAAGGCCAGGAUAUUCAGGCAUUCUUGGCGCAAAUCCAAUCAGGCGCUAUUGUUUUCGAUGAGACGGGAGUAGCGCUAUUUUCAAGUGGCGCACCUCCAUUACCGCCUAAGCCUACCAAGUUCCAGAAACCACAGAAAGGACAUCCUCUAGAAAACACUUGCAACAUAUCAUUUGUCUAAAUUUGUAGGAGAAUUAUUUACAAAAAAAAUAUUAGAAGCGGUUAAAUAUAUGCAACUGGUACUGCUUUGUAUUCAGGGACAAAUGUAUUUUAUUUGUCCCCUAGCAAAAGUAGGCUAUGCAACUUGUAAGUUUUUGCUUUCACAAUCAUGAAUAUCACGUACAUUAUCAGCGGUGUUGGAUCUGAGCUUAAGAGUAGCACAUAACAAAUCUCAGUCGAUUCAAUAUGUAUAUAUAACGAAGCUAAAAACCCAACAUCGUUGUGUAUGCAAUUUCAAAUAAUUAGUUUAUAAAUAUAUAUAUGUACUUUUAUAGUUAUAUAAAUGUACUUGCUAAACUGUACAUGCAUUGCCAUUGUGGUGGUUAGGUGUUGAGUACUCGAAUAAUGAAUGCUACAUGUUUACGAUGUUGUUUGGAUGAAACAGCUAGGAUAUUGUACGGGAAAGAGCUGCGAACACCAGUUAGUGGAGGCGGAUUUGACUUUUGUUCAAAUCCCAACAUCGCUUUACGGGUUGUUUAUGCAAAUAAAAGUGAAGAUACAAACAUGCGCUAUUGAAUAUUGUACAGAUGUGUACAUGCCAACGGUACAAAGCAUCAGAAUGUAUAAUAAAUAAAUUUAAUAUAACGU